AUGGCGAAAAAUUACCUCCAAGCGACAAGGAAGCUCGAUGUCAUCCUUAUUCCCGGCAGCAAACGCGCCUUGGAUGGCAGUGUGCCUUCCUGGAAACCUAACUGGCUGGAUCUAGGAUUCGAAUUUUGGUAUGCUAUGGAAGCCCAGCCCGAACAAAAAUUCACGGCCUCUGGCACAUCUGUUGAGUGUGUAAUCUUUGCCGAGGUGGACGGCUUAAGUAGUUUGUAUGGACGUGAGGCGACGGGGCAUAAGAGGGAAGAUCACUUUGUCCAACCUUCGAGUACUGGCGCGAAUCCCUACGCACCUAAAUAUUCAUCUGCCCUAUCCAAUCGACCUCUAAAAGCCAAGGGCAAGGCCAGAAUUCGGCAUAAGACAAUCAAAGCCUUGUUCAAUUGCCUAGACCUAGGCCCUGAACUCACAACCGAAAGCUAUCGGUAUAUGUUCGUGUCCACAGGCGGCCUUUACGUGAAGCGAGCCAUGAUGAUGUACCUAUAUUAUGGAGUUGCUUCUGCAGCCGACUCAAAGCGCGUCAGUGUGUGGAGGACAUUUUUCCGCACAAAUCGAUACAAGGGCAAACGACGAUACGACUCUCCGGAACUCUCUCGAUGGCUCGAAGAUAAUCGAGAUUGGAUGAUCCACGGCGCUACUUUUGAGAGUCUCUGCAAGUCUACUUGUUCAUGGACUGUUUAUCCUCACCUUUGGACUGGUCCAUUCUGGUUCCACACUAUACCCCGGACCAUAAACAUUCCCCCGGUGGCGAUAACCUUUAGGUGUGAGCGCCUUGUCUAA